AUGGACAAGUCCUCCACCCCAGGUAGCGCUGCUGCCCCCUCUGUGGCCCCGAAUCAGCCGGCAAACAAGACGAGUGCCGCUGCGCCGACAUUGAAUAAUGAGCUGGAGAUGGGCAACAUUGGCGGCGACGCGCCGAGCGCGGAAAACGAUAUUAUGCAGAUUGCAAGAGUGGGAGACGUACCGGCCAUGGAGAAGCUCUUCGAGUCGGGGGAGUACGAUGCGACAUACACCGACGAUGAAGGCAUCACACCCUUGCAUUGGGCGGCGAUAAACAACCAAUAUGCCAUGUGCAAGUUCCUCAUCGACAAUGGCGCCGAGAUCAACAAGAAAGGAGGAGAAUCCGUUGCGACACCCCUCCAGUGGGCCGCUCAACGAUGCCACUACUACACCGUCAACCUCCUCCUGCAGCAUGGAGCCGACCCCCUCAUCACCGACGCCCAGGGCUACAACACCCUGCACAUCUCGACCUUCAACGGCAAUACCCUCUUGCUCGUCCUUCUCCUCCACCAGGGCAUCCCCGUAGACGUGCUCGAUAGCUACGGACACACGGCGCUCAUGUGGUCGGCCUACAAGGGAUUCCCCCAGUGCGUCGACCUGUUCCUCCGAUGGGGUGCUAGCGUCCACACCACCGACGAGCAAGGGUUUACUGCGCUACACUGGGCGUUAGUCAAGGGCUCGCCCGCGUGCAUACAGAAGCUGAUUGAGUACGGAGCCGACCGGUUUGCGAAAACGGAAACAGGCAAGACCCCGGCUGUGACGGCAAAGGAACUCAACACGACGGGCGCGUGGCACAGGGCUCUGAAGGAGUGCGGGUACGACGAGGACGGACAGCCAAUUGAGCCGCAAUUCCCCGGCGCGCGCUUCCUCCGCCAGGAUAAGAGGGGGUUCGUCACCAAGUUCUUGUUCCUGUGGCCUUUCCUUCUGGUAUGGUCCAUGAUCACGAUAUUGGGGAGUAUGCCAGUAUAUGCCGGCGUGCUCUUUGCGCUGGCUGUUGGGUACGGGAUGCAGUGGUGCGCCCAGCAGGUCAUUGAGUUUGCGCCUCCUGAUAUGAGACACUUCCAUAGAACACCCUGGUUGGCUGGUAUCUUUGCUGCUUCACUGUUCUGGGUCGGCCUGAGAUGGCUAACUACUAUCCUUCCUGGUACAACGGGCUCAUCCGACGGUACUGGAUCUCACUGGUGGUUGAACCUAGUCUUUGGCGCGCUCCUCGGACUUUGCGCCUACUUCUACAGCGCCGCCAUGCGAUACGAUCCUGGAUUCGUCCCCAAGAUGAACGGCAUUGCUGAACAGAAGGCGGUCAUCGACGAGCUCUUGAAGCAGUGGAAGUUUGACGAGACCAACUUCUGUGUCACAUGCAUGAUCCGGACCCCCCUUCGCAGUAAGCACUGCAAGCGGUGCCAGAAGUGUGUCGCCAAACAUGAUCACCACUGCCCUUGGGUCUACAACUGUAUUGGUGUGAACAACCACCGCCACUUCUUCAUGUACCUCAUCAGCUUGACUUUGGGAAUCAUCGCCUACGACUUCCUUGUGUACUACUACUUUUCUGGUAUGCCGGAUACGGUGUCGGACAGCUGCAACUUCCUUAGUCCUGGUCUCUGCAAGGUUGUCAACGCCGACGGCUACACGGCGAUCCUCACUGUAUGGACUACUCUGCAGCUUACCUGGGUUGGUAUGCUUCUAUUCGUGCAGUUCGUCCAAGUCUCUCGAGCGAUGACGACCUACGAGAACAUGUUCGGUGUCCAAGACGGCUCCCUCACCUCCGCCUUCACAUCGACUGGAACUCCCCUGGACCCGAACCACCCAUCUCUGACGCCCCCGGAUGCAGCUGGCGGUCACGGCCAUGCCCACGCUCACAAGCACAAAGGCGGCCGUCUCCAACAGUGGGCUCGUCUCCUGGGUGUCGAUCCCUUCAUCGAGACCAUCCGUGGUCGCGGCGCCGCAACCCAGAACAAGCGGAGAAAGAAGAACCCCUAUUCAAACGGCUGCAUGGCCAACUGCCGCGACUUUUGGUGCGACCCGGCACCCACGUUUGGCCAGCGCGAGAACGGUUCGGCCAUUCUGGGCGGUGAGCCCGUCAACUACACGGCGAUGUACGAGAGCCCGAGCCUGAUGAAUAUCAACAGAGGGCGGAGGAGAGCGGGUGGUUAUGAGUCUGUCGCUGCUGAGGAGGUGUAA